AUGCUCAAAUUUGCGCGAUUUUUAAGCUCGACACCUAGCACAUCGACGGAACUCGGCGAAAUUGAGCGUUCUGCUCUUCAGAAAUUGUUGCAGAAAUUGAGGAAUUUUCCAGCGUCGGAGAGAGACAAACGCGAAAUUCGAUUGCAGAGGGAAUGGGCACUAGCGCCGAUAAUUGAGGUUUCCGGCAAAAUUGCGACGCCGGAAUGGAUGAAGUCGGCGAAAUUUGUCCGAAAAUACCCAAUAAUUCAUAUUCGAUGGAGGAAUAUGCCUGAACGCGAUUUAGACAUUCUGAUCGCCAAUGACGAGACAUUCUACUCGAUUGAUGUCAAAGGGAUACUCUAUGCAAUGAUUUGUGCGAAUUUUUGGAAGGAAAAACUAGUAAAAAUUCGAAAUAGCAACGAGGUGGCCAUUCGAGUGGCGAAUGGUCGAUAUAAAGCCAAUAAAGAAGUUGCGAGGUUCGAGCUGAUUCGGAAAUAUGUUGGCGCGAAUGCGAAAAAAUCGGGAUUUCGGGUGAAACUGGAAGGAUUUGAAGUGAACGAGCCGAUGAUCAAACGCCCCGCCGGCGACGUCGACCUUAUUUGGGAGAAUAAAUUUUUUGAGAAAUUUCGAAAUAGCAUUGAUGAGCUGAAAAAUGGAAUGAUUUAA